AUGAUCCUCCCCAAGGCCUUCGCGGCCCUUUUCGCAGGCGUCGGUCUCUUAUUACAGCCCACAACAGCACACUCGGUACAACGGAAUGCCCUAUCAUACGUGACACGCAUCGACGAAGCCGUCAUCCACUCGCCGUCGCAUCGAGUAACUGCGCUCUCGUCGUUUGAACUCACCUUCCGCCUCCACGAUGGGCGGCAAAAGAUCCGCCUCUCGCUCGAGCCGAACCACGACAUCUUUGGGGAGGGCGCCACGAUCCAGCGCGUCGGCGCCGACGGUAGGAUACACAGCACCGAACCCAUCAACAGGCUAGACCACAAGAUAUUCAAGGGCAGCGCCUUGAUACAGCACGAGGGCCAUUCCGAGUGGACAAAUGCUGGCUGGGCCCGGAUCAACGUGCACCGCGACGGCGACAAGCCCAUCUUCGAGGGCGCUUUCAGGAUAGACGGAGACCACCACCACGUGCAGACGAACACCAACUACCUGCAGACGAUCGUUUUCGGAGACCCGCAUGUCGACAGCUCGGUGAGCGAGGGCGAGUACAUGGUUGUAUGGCGAGACUCUGACAUCUCGGUACCGGACUUCGACAGGGAUCUGAAGCGCGACCUUGACAGCAGGAGCAGUGCGAGCUGCCAAUCCGACGGGCUGGAGUACAACCUGGACAACGCCAACGUCCUUUACCGCGGCAUGGAGACGCGCGAUUUGUUCGGGCGCCAGAUCGACACGACGCCGGGGGGUAAUGGUGCGGGCGUCAACCUGGCGAGCACGAUAGGAUCGACUGCCGGAUGCCCGUCGACGAGGAAGGUCGCCCUGGUCGGCAUCGCCGCCGACUGCAACUACAGGUCGCAGUUUAGCUCUGAGAACGCGACGAGAACCAACAUCAUCCAGCAGGUCAACUCGGCUUCCCAGCUCUACGAGAACACGUUCAACAUUUCGCUCGGCAUUCAUAACCUGACUAUCAGCGAGAAGGAUUGCCCCAGCCAGGCGGCGCCGUCGGCCCCCUGGAACGUCGGCUGCAGCGGCUCCACUAGCAUCUCAGACCGCCUCAACCUGUUCUCGGCCUGGCGUGGACAGUCCAAGGACAACAAUGCGUACUGGACCCUGCUGUCAACGUGCAACACGGGCGCUGCCGUUGGCCUGGCGUGGCUCGGCCAGGUCUGCCAGGAGGGCGCGCAGACGUCGGCUAAUGAGACUAUUGCGGCCGCGAACGUCGUUGUCCGCACGUCGACUGAGUGGCUGGUCUUUGCUCACGAGACGGGUCACACGUUCGGCGCAGUCCACGACUGCACAGUCUCGGCGUGUAAUGACGGCCUCCAGACGAAACAGCAAUGUUGCCCGCUGUCUAGCAGUACCUGCGACGCAGGCUCCCGGUUCAUCAUGAAUCCCUCGACAGGGAGCGGCAUCACGAACUUCUCCCCGUGCAGCAUCGGCAACAUCUGCAGCUUCCUUGGUCGCAGCAGCGGCAAGAUCAACUGCCUGGCCAACAACAAGGACGUGACCAUCAUCACGGGCAGCCAGUGCGGCAACGGCAUUGUCGAGAGCGGCGAAGACUGCGACUGCGGCGGCGAUAGCGGUUGCGCAGGCAACCCGUGCUGCGACGCCAACACGUGCAAGUUCACUACUAACAGCAAAUGUGACCCGUCCAACGAGGACUGCUGCACCAGCCAGUGCCAGUUCUCGAGCGCCGGGUCCGUCUGCCGCCCCAGCACCGGCUCGUGCGAUCCCCAGGAAGUCUGCUCGGGCACCACGCCGACGUGCCCUCCCGACCAGAACUCCCCCGACGGCGACAGCUGUGGUACCUCGGGUGCCGGGCUCCAGUGCGCCUCUGGCCAGUGCACAUCGCGCGACCUUCAAUGCAAGACGCUCAUGGGCAGCCUGACUACGAGCAACGACACGUACUCGUGCACGCCGCCCGGCACCAUCGAAGGCUGUGUGCUCCAGUGCUCUUCGCCCCAGUUCGGCGCUAACCAGUGCUACUCGAUGAACCAGUACUUCCUCGACGGCACCCCCUGCGACAGCGGCGGCAGGUGCUCCAACGGCAACUGCCAGGGCGCGAGCCUCGGCAACCAGAUCCUGAACUGGUUCAGAGACAACAAGAACAUCGUCAUCCCCGUCGCGAGCGUCAUUGGUGGCCUGAUCAUCAUCGCCCUCGUCUCGUGCUGCUGGAGCUCGUGCCGCCGCCGCUCGCGCCGCGCACAGAUUCCCAAGCCGCCAUCCCCAGCCUGGAGCGGCCAGGGCUACGGCUACGGCCGCGCGCCGCCCCCGCCGCAGGCCAUGAGAGGCGCCGCCGGCACCCCGGUACUACAGCAGCAGCAGCAUCCGGGCCAGAGGCCGCAGUCGUACGCGAACAUGCCAUCGCCUUUACCGUACCCGGGACAAGGCCCGCAGCAACCGCCGCGGCAAAAUGGGCCGUGGGAACCAUUGAGGACGAGAAGUUUCCGAUAUGCGUAG